GUGUUUUCUUUGAUUCGUUGGAUGUUUUCAGUUUAUCUUAUGCAGCUAUCACUUUUUUCUUAUCAAAACUCUUGGGCGGUUGUCAGAAGCGCCCUUGUGAUGAAGAUGAAGGCUUUGAUCAUGGAUGGACAGAACAGUGAGUGUGUUUGACAUCUGAGAGGCGUGUCAGGAUACAUUGUAGUGACCUGAUGAGUGUUGCACUAUGACUGAGAAGCAUUCAAAACAAGGAUCAGUGGCACAUGGACUGUUCAGACCUUCUUGACAUCUGCUGUGACUUUCUGGUUCUGCUUUUUUAUGGAGUUUAUGCUGAUGUGUUGACUGACGAAGAGUUGAGGUGAGCACCAGCAGGAAAUAAAGUGGGGAUGGACCCGGAUGUGGGUUAGAUAUGCCAGGAAGUGGAACUAUGCUUCUGUGACGCCUGCACAGAAAGUCAUUGCAAUGCACAUCCGCUGUGCACAUCUCAGAGAGGAGUAGGAAAAAAACCGGUGCUGCGUUAUGGCCAUUAACUGAAGUUAAUUAUAAGUUAUUAAAAGCCUACAGAUGGACACAUGACUUAUGGUCAUCACAUAGAAGCAGUUGCCUGAGAAGCCAUGGAGAGCGACCUCAUUCUUUCUGCACAGCCUGCCUAUCCAGAAGUGGUUGACUUUCCAGCAGAUGAGCCAUAUUUGGAAGCCAAGCUGUACAUAGAGAAGGUGGAGCAGGAGAAUAACCAGUGCCAAGAAGAAAACCACAGAGACAGAACUCAUGAACCAUUGGCGACAGACGGUCCUGAACCCUUUGAACAUGGGGUUUCCAUUACAGUGUACCCUGUUAGGGUUCCCAGCAUGCAUUUCAACUGUGCUACAGUACAGUGGGAUAUGCCACAAACUCCUGCAGAUGCUCCAUCCCAAGACGCAGUAUCAAGUGAAGUUGACUCGAGUUAUGGAUUGAGUAUGGACUGGGUGGUUGAUCCUCCAUCCAUAGAAAUGCCUUUGUUAAACCAGGAGGAAAUUAUUGAUCUGGCACCGGAUGAAGAGCCUGGACAAACAGAUGAUGACGUGCAGCAAGGGCCAGCUAUAAGUAUAGAAGUCGACUCUUGCCAGUUGGAUGAUGCACACACAGACGUGAAUGUUUGUGAGACGCCAUCAAACGAAGAUGACCAGACACCAUUUACAGAGACCUCACAGAUGUCAGAAGCGAAUGAUGAUCGUGGAUUAGAGGAUGAUGAGAAAAACAGUGAUGACAUAGGAAGCCCUCUCUGCAUAGAGAACCCUGAGAUCCAGCCAGUUCCCGAGGGUGUAGAAGAGCUUGAGGAGGAUUCCGUAAAACCAGGGAACAUUGUGCUUUUGACUGAACCAGAGCAAGGACUUGGAGAUGUGGGAGAAGCAAAAGAGGGUAUCAAUAUAAUCACAACGACACCUUGUGAGGAGGACUGCAGUACAAUGCCACAGUCAGAAACAAAUGACCCAGUCCUAGAACUGGAUUCAAAACAAAGUGAGGAACCUGGUCUAAUCCAAGAGUCAGAUCCACCACAACCAGAAGUACCAUCUGAUUUGGUCUGCGAUUCUGUAGAGGCAGUAGAGACUGAAGACUCUGAAAAUGUGGAGUUGACUAUAAUUGCUAAUGAUGCAACACUGGAGUUAGAAAAUGCAGAAACAUUUGUGGAGAUGCAAGAAUCUGGACUGGAAGUCAAGCAAGAGGAACCAACUUGUGAAGAGCAGAUCAAAAGUACAGUGGAAGUGGAACUUCAUGGACACAAAGAACAAUUAAUACAACAGUCAGAAUGUUCAGACAAGUUGGUAAACUCGGAAGAUUCAAAACAAGAACUUUCACUUGACGAAGAACCUUCAGAAGGGUCAAAGCAAUCAGAUUCUAAUGAAACCGAACCUUCAGACCAGGCAAGUCAGACAGAAUAUACAGUUGAUGUAGAAGCAAGUCAAACAGAAAGUCCCAGUGAAACAGAACUCUUGGACCAGUCAGAAAGGUCUGCUGAAACAGAAACAUCACAACUCUCAGAAUCGAAGGACGGUAAAGAAACCAAUCAACUAGACAAGUUCCAGCAAACCGAGCAGGAAAACCACACCAACUCUGAGCAACAACAUGACCAAGACAGUAUAAGGCAAGCUGAAGCCAUAUCAUCUGAGCAUGUGCAUGUUGCAGAGAAACAAGAAGAGGAAUCUGUAGAACCUACGGUUCCCUGUAAGAAUGGAAAUGUAGAAGUCGUGGACAGAGAGGAAGCUUGUAAACUUGCAGAGAGACUUUACAGGCUUGACAAUGUUCAGCGUACAGAUGUGGUCCGACAUCUGGACAAAGACAAUGAGUUCAGUCGUGCUGUUGGGGAGGAGUACCUUAAGUUCUUUGACUUCACUGACCAAAGCUUGGACGAAGCUCUUCGGUGUUUUCUGAAGGAAGUGGUUCUGAUCGGUGAGACUCAGGAGCGAGAGCGAGUGCUCGAUCAUUUCUCCAGACGUUACCAGCAGUGCAACCCUGAGACAUUCUCCUCAGCUGGAGCCGUGCUCACACUCACAUGUGCUGUCAUGUUGCUCAACACAGACCUGCAUGGACAGAAUGUUGGGAAGGCCAUGUCCCUGGCUGUCUUUGUGUCGAACCUGGAUGGGAUGAAUGAAGGAGAAAAUUUCAGUAAAGACCUGCUGAAGACUCUUUAUAACUCAAUCAAGAAUCACCAGCUUGAGUGGGCAGUAGAAGAGAAGGAAUUGCUGACCUCUAUAACCUUGGAGCAGGACGUGGAUCUGGAUGCAUCUCUUCGCUCGAAAAGUAACCCCUUCCAGGAUCUUGCUCAUGACAAAAAGGCCACCGUGUUCCAGAAAGGUUUCCUGAAGCGAAAAGCGCAUGCAGACAUAGAUGGCAAGCGGACUCCAUGGGGAAAGAGGAGUUGGAAGACCUUUUAUGCAGUGCUUAAGGGAAUGGUGCUCUAUUUACAGAAGGAUGAAUACCGGAAGGACUGGCAAAGUUCUGAGGAGGUGCUCAGUGUCCAUCAUGCUCUGGCAGAAAGAGCAGAGGACUACACCAAACGGCCUCACGUAUUCCGCCUGCAGACCGCAGAUUGGAGGGUCUUCCUGUUUGAAGCGCAAUCUACAGAGCAAAUGAACUCGUGGAUCGGCCGAAUCAACCUGGUAUCUGCUCUGUACUCGUCUCCUCCAUUUCCUGCUGCUGUUGGCUCUCAGAGGAAGUUCUGCAGACCCAUCCUACCUGCAACGCAGUCUGCACUCACUCUGGAGAAGCAGCUGCAAUCACAUGCCGCCAUGCUGCAGUCGUUUCAGGAGGACCUGAGCGCAUUACAGCAGGGGGCACAAGAGAGCCGCAGGGCAAAAGCCAGAGGAGUGGAGGAGCUCAGACAGAAGGAGGAGUACCUGCAGCAUGAGCAAUCCCGUUACGAGGCUUAUGUUCACAUUCUGGAUGUCUGGCAGACGCUCGGGAAGUCCUCUGAAACGGUCGAUGGGACAGAUCUCACCCUCUUCGACCAGGAGCUAUGGAAAGGAGCAGACACCGAAGAACAGGAGGACAGUGACUUGGAUGGAGGGAUCAAAAGAUCUCAUUCCAGUCCAUCUCUCGAACUGGAAGUGGCUACUCCGCCUGUGGUGAAAGUGAGGCGUAACGUCUCGGAGAGACGGACCUAUCGCAAGAUAAUCAUUCCCCGACGUAACAGGGAAGUAUAAGAUAAAAAUGCAGACUGUUACAAACUGAUUCUAAAAUGGACUGGUGGUGGGUUUUUUUUGUUUUUCUUCUUUUACAUACAUUCUUCACCAGUUCUUCAGGACCUGAAUUGCUGUAUUUAAAGAGAUUUGCAUUGCAGAAUGUCUGAUAUGCAAAUAUAGUUAAAUGACCAACGUUUUCAAGCUGAGACAACAGCAUGCUCACAUCUGAACCAUUUUCAUGAGGACAAAACAUCAGCUAGUAGACCAACACUUCAUUUGUCCACGUUUGUAUGAAAAAUAUAGUGACGUUUUCUUCUGAGUAAGCAUAAUGUCAUUGUAUAACAUCUCAGCAAUUUACUCAGCAGCUCUGAAUCUGCUACACUUAGCAAAAAGGGUUCUACAUUUUAAGUUGUGUGCCAAGAACUGUUUUUAUUUUAGCAGUUAUCAAAAAAAGUACAUUUGAGGGUUUUUUUUUUUUUUUAAAGAACUGGGCCAAAACAAUGUUCAUAAUACGACGAAGUAUAUCAGUAUGACUUGUAUUAUGCAUUUGUAAUUACUGCUUUCAGUAAACAAUGAUUUAUUGGUUUUACUAGAUUGGUAUAAAAUGUACUCCAGUUUCAAAACGUACAAAAUAAAAACAGUUCUUGGUGGUGGACUUGGAUUUUUGGACUUUAUCUAAUGUUUACCAAGUCCUGUUUACAACCUGUGAGUCAAAUGAAAACCUUGAUUUACUGGUACAACGAAAGCUUCUUCUUCUUUUUUUUUUU